UGACAUUGUGUUGUCAAUAUUCUGCGAAGGAUGGCCAAAUUGUGCAAGAGAAUGGAUCACACGAGAACGACUUUGGCCAGAUAUAUAUUCCGUGGAAAAAAUCACACAAAGUGGAUUUCACCUUGUUCCAAAGAGCUCCGCUGCAUGCGAUUUUCGUUUAUCGUAUUCAUGUGCUGAAACCAUGUUGAUUCGAACUCUCUCACCACUGCAGCAUAAAGUAAUGAGAGCUUUCAAAGCUGUAGUUAAAUACCACCAAAAUAUCUGGAAUCUACCAGUCAAGGGAAUUAUAUCAAGUUAUUACUUGAAGACCAUCGCAUUUUGGCAUUUUGAGAAAACCUCAAUGGAAUUUUGGACUAAAGAAACUUUAGUUCAUCAUCUUGUUACAUUACUUCACGAGUUAGCAGAAGCUUUGAGAAUUCAAAAUCUUCCAAUGUACUUUAUGCCUAAAGUAAACCUGCUCCAAGAAGUUGAUGAUCCUGCUGUCAUGCUGAACUUACUUGAAAAUAUUUCACAACUUUCACUCAAUUUCUCGGCGAUGUCUGAAGCCAUUAACACUGCUUCAAUAGGAGCAUCAAUUUUCGUUAAUUCUGACAACGACAUUGCUAACCGUGUCAACAUUCUCGAUGCUAAGGAAAAAAUGGUUGCAUAUAUAAUUAAUUCUCUGACUUCUAAUUUUCCGGAAGACACUAUGUAG